AUGUUGGUAUCAGAAUUACCAUUCGAAAUCCUGGCUAAUAUUGCGGCCUUUUCUUCUCAAGAAACCAAGCUACAAUGCACAGUUAUUUGCAAGGCCUGGCAGAUACCCUUCCAGGAUUCACUCUGGGAUACCGUUAAGAUUACUGACAACAAAGACGACGGAAAUUCAGUUCUAGAUAGAAUAACAGACCUUUCGAAGCUAUAUAAGAAGAAUGGCCAUCGGGUUAGAUCCUUGAUUCUAUAUAUGGACUCGUAUAUAUGUGGUUCCCAGCUUCAGACAGCCCAAGAGUAUUUCCAAAGAAUAAAGCAUCUUUCAAUUCAACAAAAAACACUUCACUGGCGUGUGUCAGGCAAUUUUACUAACUGGAGGGCAUGGAGAUCAUUGACACAUCUAGAAAUCGAAAUAUCGAAAUUAAACCAUGGUCGCAAGAUGGAUAAGACGUUCGAAAUCCUUUCAUUUCUACCACAGCUUACAUCACUACAUAUCAUCGACAGUGGACAGACCUCACAAUACAGAUUUACAUGGAGAACUAUGGAUUUCCUUCAUGGAUGUUUACCUCGAUUACAGACUCUUCAGACAAAAAUCCCGCUUAUUGAUAUACCAAUACAUCAAAUAAAGCAAAUGACCAAUAUAGUACCAGCAGAGACAAUAACCAAAGUGAACCUCUCAUUAAAAUAUUCAAGCUUUGGUUGGGUGUAUUAUUCAAAUCUCAAAUAUCCCAAUAUACACACACUGGGACUACUUACAAGAAGGCAAAUGGAUGAUUACGAAGAGGAUUCUAUGUCGACUUCCAGAUUAUCAAAUGACGAAGAUAUGUCUGAUGAUGAUAAUGACAUGAUAUACAGCGAUGACGAUGGAGACCAAGAUACAUCAGAAGACGACAUAGAAGACGAAAAUAUUUCCGAUGAUGAAAUCUCAGACUAUACAUUAGAAGAUGUGACCAAGAUGUUUUCAACUCUUCCAUAUUUCUUCCCAAGUCUAAAGAAACUAGAGAUGAACAAGAACCUAAUGUCAAAAGGAGAGCAUGAUCUCUUUUGGAAAUUGAUUCGGAAAUUUGGCGUAUCACUCAAAUACCUGAAUCACAAAUGCUGCUCUAUACUCAUGGACAUGCACAACCCCGAGACAACUGUGAUCGAUUAUGUUGAAGCGUUUUCUCUUAAUAUCGAAACCUUGUACUAUCAAGUAGAUCCAAAUCCAAUGAUGCAGCAACCCAAUAUGACGGCACACCCCAUGUUGAUCCAUUACUAUCUAUAUUUGACUGAGUUAAAUAUCCGGCUUUACACAGAAGAUAUGGCGUUGGACGUUCUGCUAAAUCAUUGUUAUUCAUUGAAAAGACUGUUCUUGUCCGUCAAUGAGCUCACUAUAUGCGAAGAUGCGGCCUACAGACUGGAUCCACAUAACUUGGAGAGAUUGGAGCUUUACGGGGUCAAGGCCAGAACAUCGCUAUUCAACUAUCUUUCUGUCCGCUGCGAGAAUUUGACCCACAUGGUUUUUUGUAAUGUUCGGAUAUUUGGACCUAUCUCUCAAGAAACAGGAAACAUCUGUCUUGACAUGCGAUACACGCGUUUCAAAGUCUUGAGACUAGGAAACGUACGAUUUUAUUCCGAAAGGGAUUUAGGUCUCGCUGAAUACGAGUACAAAGAUAGGAUGAUCCACCUCAUCACGAUUGAGCAAAUCGAAUCUAUGCAUAACAAGACCAGUCCAUCUAAUAGCCUUUUGCAGGUACCAAAGGCUCCAACGAUAGAGCAGCUGUGGUUUCUUUACUUUAAGGACAAGAAACGUAGAGAAGGAUGCUUUAUUGCACAAAAACUGAACAGAUCGCAGGCCAGACUUAUUCAAGACUACUUUAGAAUGUUUGAACGUAUCAACAAGCGUCCAUGUGAUCACAAGGGAAAUAAGUACAGUAAAGAUGAGCCCGAAGAAAAUUGUUAUUGGGCAGAUCACCCUCCUCGAGGUUAUGUUACCCUGCGUUGUGGAUAUGUCGCUAACUAUUCUGGAAAAUCGAUUUUUGAAAGCAAAUUUGUUACUUGUAAUUGA